AUGACGGGCACUAGCGAUCUCGUAAAACUAGCACAGAAACUCAUAUCCCAAGGCCCCUACAAAUACGAACACACCCCACGCCGUGUACGCGCGCUAUUCAACGGAAAAUACGCCUUCGACACCACAAAAGCAUACCAUGUAUGGGAAUACGAGCCGCGCUAUCCACAAUUCUACAUCCCCCUCUCAAGCUUCACGCGCGAAGCCUCAAUAUCCAAAGCCACGACACCAAUCCCCGACACAAACAGCGGCGCCCACCUCGCCACCCUAACCAUCGGCAACCGCAGCACCAACCGCGUCAUAAUCUUCACCACCGGCGUGCUGAGCGACCUUGUGAAAAUCGACUUCCGCGCCGUGGACCAGUGGUUCGAAGAAGAUAUGCCGAUUUACUGCCACCCGAAAGAUCCGUACAAGCGGAUUGAUAUCUUGCCAUCUACGCGCAGUGUCAAGGUAGCGGUUGACGGUGUGACGCUAGCGGAAUGUUCAAACGCGCUGUUUUUGAUGGAGACGACGCUGCCGACGAGGUAUUAUGUGCCGCCUACUAGUGUGAAUUGGGAGUAUUUGACGGCUAGUGGUACGGAGACGCUGUGUCCGUAUAAGGGCAAGGCUGAGUAUUAUGACGUUGAUGUCAAGGGGAGGGUUUAUAGGGAUUUGGUGUGGUAUUAUCGGUAUCCAACGACGGAGAGUGCGCCGAUUGCGGGGCAUUUGUGCUUUUAUAAUGAGAUGGUGGAUAUUUGGGUUGAUGGGGAGAAGGAGCUGAUGUAA